AAAGCAGGAAUCUCUCUCACGAAGGUCAGUCUUAGCCUAGCCAGUGUAAAGGGAAGACGUUUCGCUUCGCUGCCGAUCUUUUUCACUCGUGCAACCUCGCUUCUAGCCAACAUGGGUGAACCUAAGAAAAUCUGCAUCGUUGGCUCAGGAAACUGGGGCUCCGCCAUCGCCAAGAUCAUCGGCUCCAACGUCACCAAAUUCGACCAGUUCGACAACGAGGUCCGCAUGUUCGUCUACGAGGAGAUGGUCGACGGCAAGAAGCUGACGGAGAUUAUCAACACCACGCACGAGAACGUCAAGUACCUGCCCGGCAAGAAGCUGCCCGAGAAUGUGAUAGCUGUGCCAGAUGUCCUGGAAGCAGCUAAGGAUGCAGAUGUCCUUGUGUUCGUCAUACCACAUCAGUUCAUCAAGAACAUCUGCAAGCCGCUGGUGGGUCAGCUCAAACCCACUGCCGUCGGCAUCUCGCUUAUUAAGGGUUUUGACAUAGCAGAAGGUGGUGGUAUUGCCCUCAUCUCUAAAAUCAUCUGUGAUUUCGUACAUGUUCCAAUGUCAGUCCUUAUGGGAGCCAACCUUGCAGGAGAAGUAGCAGAUGAAAAGUUUUGUGAAACGACCAUAGGUUGUCGCGACCCUGCAGUAGGCCGGAUGUACAGGGACCUUAUCCAGACAGAUUACUUCAGAGUUGUUGUUGUUGAUGAUGUUGAAGCCGUUGAAGUAUGUGGGGCUCUGAAGAAUAUUGUUGCCACUGGUGCUGGAUUUAUUGAUGGUCUUGGCUUUGGUGACAACACAAAGGCAGCUGUGAUUAGAUUAGGCCUUAUGGAAAUGAUCAAAUUUUGUGAAGUAUUUUAUCCAGGUUCUAAACUAGGCACUUUCUUUGAAAGUUGUGGAGUGGCUGAUCUUAUCACAACCUGCUAUGGUGGCAGGAACAGGAGAGUAGCAGAGGCUUUUGUUAAGACUGGAAAGACAAUCGAAGAGCUGGAAAAGGAGAUGCUGAAUGGCCAGAAGCUACAGGGACCACAGACUGCUGAAGAAGUAAAUUACAUGCUUAAGAACAAGGGGAUGGAAGAUCGGUUUCCACUUUUCUCCUCCAUACAUCGUAUUUGCAAGGGCGAAAUUCCCCCAGCAGAUAUGGUAAACUGCAUCAGGAACCAUCCAGAACACAUGUGUACAUUCGACAAGGAACACACCACUGUCACAGGCAACCACGACUGAUGAAGACAAGACUGAGCAUAGGCAGGGUCAUCCAUCCCAGUUCUGCUAUAUUACAUCACCAGUCUUCCUGAAAAUUUGAAGCACAUUCUUGAAGUGAAAAUUUCUGAAUUACAUCCUUUUUUCCCUUUUUUUUGACAAACAAUGAUAGCAGAUGCUAAUGUGAAGAUGCAAGCAAUUAACUGUAGAGUGUGAGCACUUUUUUAUAUAUUCCAAAAAAUAUAGAUGAAAAUUUUUCAUGAUUAUUAUUAUUAUUUUUUUUUUUUUUUUAUGCAGUAUUGACUGAUCCAAUGUCUAUUGCACCUUCUUUAUGCUGAUGUUUAGAUAUAUGACCUUGAAAUGCAAACAUAUGAAACAUUUUGGGGAUGUGUUAAAUGGCAUUAACUAUUAUGUUUGGUACUGAAUUAUGUUCAAAUAUUUUUUUGAAAUAUUAGAUGAGAAAAGUCUUAUGUAAGAGAUCUUUCAGACAAUUUUGUUUUUGUAAAGCUAGUUCUGAAAACCAUGAAUUAUCAGGAAAAUAUUCCUUUCUAGAUUCACUGAAUACUCAGUUACCAUUAUUACAUAGUUACCAUAUACUUAUGCUCAACUAUUUUUAGUAAUUCCUGUUCAAACCCACCCUUUUGGUGCUACAAACCUCAUUUUGAUUGUAAAAAAAAAAUAAAUGAAAGUGAGUUACCAAUAAAACUAAAUGUAAAGAGCUGAAAUACCCUGAUUCUGUGCAGUUAUUAAGUUUAGUAGACCAGCUUAAAUGCAUGAAUGCAAUGUUAUUGCCAUGCUAGCUUCAUGGCAAGAUAAUUUUCCUUUGGUCUCCACAUUUUGAGCAGCUUGAACCAUAAGUAGUAAGUGUAGAUCAGAGGAAAGCUAGCACUUUACGAAUCUUUCAUGUUUAUUUACAGUAAAUAGAUAAAGGCUUUUUACCAUCUCGCAACCUACUGGACUGAAAAAGAAAUGUGAAAGUUUUGGAUUGCCAUUGUUGGUAACAGUUGUAACUUAGGUUAUGUACAUAAAUAGUCACAUCAUGAUUACCGAAGUCUACCUAUUGUUGUGCCAUUAUUACCUAUAUUUUGAAAUUAGAUUGUAUGAGGUGAAUAUCAUACGAUUUCCGUGAGUGAAAGGAAAAGCGGUCUGAAUGCAUAAUAGUUAUAUAUGUCUGGUUUCAUUUCCUUACAUUGUUAUGUUUGAUUUUUUUCUCUCCUUUUUUUCUUUUGGUGUAAAUCGAAGGUUGUGCAAUUCCUAAAUGUAUGGUACCUUUGUUUGUGUUCUUCAUUUUGUAUUGAAAAUUGUUGAGCAUUUUUUCAGUUAGAUUAUUAUGAACAACGUUAGUUUAUGAAGACACAAGUAUAUAAAAGAAACAGAUGUAAUAUAUGCAGUUUGAGAUUAAUAUCUUAACAUUAAUUAGCUAUAUAAACAUUGUUAGAAAUUGAUCCUUUAGGAAAAGUUAAACUAAAGAGAAACAAUAUUUUUAUCAGUUGUUUUUACAACUACAUUUGUGUAAUGUAAGUGGUGCACUAUUCUAAAAUGCAAAAAAUGUUACUGGAAUGGAGAAAGUUGAUAAAUAAAUGAUGAAUUGAGA